AUGAUUAACGAAACGUUGAAUAACGAUAUUACCCAAGAGGUAAGACUGAUAUCUGUGGAACAGUUCCACAAAACGAAACUGUGCCCUCAUAUGAAUAAACCAGAGGGAUGUCUCAGAAGCAUGCGGACGGAAUGCCCAUAUGCCCACAGUCCGGAAGAGCUGAAGGAACCACCGAACUUGCUCAAAACAGCCAUGUGCAAACUUCAUAUGAGAGGAUGCUGCAAUAAAUUACCUGAAAACUGCCCAUACGCACAUAGUUAUCUGGAACUGCGACACACGGAUGGUUUCUACAAAACCUACCUCUGUAAAUUUUGGCAAAAGGGACAUUGUAAGGCUGGAAACAUGUGCAGAUAUGCACACGGUGUACAUGAGCUACGGAGGCCGAGUAUUAUGGAUUCUACUAGUAGAAUGGGUGAUAUGUCUCCACUGGAAACUCUCCGUAGCCAGAGCUUGACUGAGGAUGAUGAAACGGUCACGAAACUAUCUCUCAGAGAUAGGGAAUCCACCAGUCCAACGUUACUCUCAGGAUACAGCUUUAACCGUGGAAUGUCGUCACCUAUGGUUUUAUAUCCAUUUUAUGCAGGAAUUAAUAACUACAGCCCGACGCCGACAAACAGCGAACUACAGGCAUGGUUAGCGUCUGAGGAUGCUACAACUACCAAGGAACAAGAAGAAGCAUACUGUCUUAUGCAUUUCUACCUGCAGAAGUAUAUUGACUGCUGCUCAAAGCAACAGUCAAUGUUGCACCACCAGCUCUACCUCGACCACGACUGUUCAUCCGAUAACACGUAUAAAAAUUAA